CGCGGAGCGGGGCUAAGGCGGCGGCGGCGGCGGCGGGGCCAUGGGGGGCGCGCGGGCCCGCGAGAUGCGGCAGCUCCAGAAGGCCAAGGAGAAAGCCCAGAGGAAGGGGGACCUCCAGGAAGAAGCUGCCAUCUGUAACCAGCUGGGUGAGAUCUUGGCUCGCCAUGGGCGCUUCCACGAGGCUCUAGAGGAGCACCGGCAGGAGCUGCGUCUUUUGGAGAGCGUGGAUGAUGCCAUUGGCUGUGCUGUGGCCCACCGGAAAAUUGGGGAGCGUCUGGCAGAGCUGGAGAGCUAUGAAGCAGCUCUGAAGCACCAGCGCCGCCACUUGGAGCUGGCACGCUCCCUGCACAAUCACAUUGAGCAGCAGAGGGCGUGGGCCACGCUGGGCCGCACGUACAUGUUCAUGGCUGAGAGUGACUCCUCGAGUGAGGCGCUGCGGGAGGCGGAGAAGGCCUUUGUCAAGAGCCUGGCUAUCAUCGAGGAAACGCUGGAAGGGGAGGUGCCUCAGCGGGAGGUGAGUGAGAUGAGGGCCCGGCUUUAUCUGAACCUCGGUUUGGUCUACGACAGCCUGAAGAACCCAGCCAAGUGCAGCGACUACAUCAAAAAGAGCAUCUACAUCUCAGAGCAUACCCACCUGUACGAGGACCUCUACCGGGCCUACUUCAACCUGGGCAACAUCCACCUGCGGGAGGGUGAGCAUUCCAAGGCCAUGCGCUGCCUGGAGAGGGCGCGGGAGUGCGCGCGCAAGAUGAAGGAAAAGUACAUGGAGAGUGAGUGCUGCGCGAGUCUUGCCCAGGUGCUGCUGAGCCUGGGGGACUUUGUGGCAGCCAGGCGCUCCCUGAAGAAGGCAUACCUGUUGGGCUCCCAGCAGCCUCACCAGCGGGACAGCGUCUGCCGCAGCCUGCGCUAUGCCAUGAAGGUGAGCCGCCUGCAGCAGGCCUUGGAAGAGGCGGAGGCAGCUGGCAACCUGCAAGCAGCUCUGGGCCUGUGUGAGCAACUGGGGGACCUCUUCUCCAAAGAGGGGGAUUAUCAGCGCUCUGUGGGGGCCUACAAAAAACAGCUACGCCAUGCUCAGGUUUUAAAGCGCCCAGCACAGGAACGGGCCGUGAUCCACGUUUCUUUGGCUGCGACAUUUGGGGACCUGAAAGACUACACCCAGGCCGUGCACCACUAUCAGGCGGAGCUGGCACUGCGGCAGGGGAACCCCCUUGAGGAGGGGAAGACGUGGCUGAAUAUCGCUCUGGCCAAAGAGGAGGCCCGAGAGAGCUACGAGGCCCUGGCGCCGUGUUUCCAAAAGGCUCUGCAGGGGGCAGAGAAGGCUGCUGAUGUCAAACUGCAGUGCCAGAUCCUGCAGUCCUUCCAUGCCUCACAGCAGAGGUGCGGCUGCCCUGAGGCUUCCAACACGUUGGCCCGAUUGGAGGACCUCCAGAGCUCCCUGGGCGGAGGGUCCAGUGGGGAGCUGGGCGAGGAAGAGGAGGAACUGCAGAGCAGUGAGCCCUUGGAAGAGAGCGACCUGGAGCUCUCAGACAGCGAUGGAGAUGAUGACCUGGAGGGCUAUGGAAAAAGCGUCCCUGGCCGGCGCAACGUCCGCAAGUGGAACCAGCGGAACGACAAGGGGGAGACCUUGCUACAUCGAGCCUGCAUUGAUGGGAACCUGCGCCACGUCCAGUUCUUCUUGGAGAAGGGUCACCCGGUGAACCCCCGGGAUUAUUGUGGCUGGACCCCCCUGCACGAGGCCUGCAACCAUGGGCACCUGGAGAUUGUGCGCCUGCUUUUGGACCACGGGGCUAACGUCGAUGACCCUGGGGGGCCUGGCUGCGAGGGCAUCACCCCCCUCCACGAUGCCCUCAACUGUGGCCAUUUUGAUGUGGCUGAGCUGCUGAUCCACAGAGGGGCGUCGGUGGGGCUGCGCAGUGCCAAGGGCCUGAGCCCCUUGGGCACUCUCCAGGAGUGGGUGCGUCUGUACGGCCGGGAUCUGGACCGGGAAACUCGCGAGCGCAGCAAGGCCAUGGAGCAGCUGCUGCGGAAGGCCACGGCAAGUCAAGGCUCCAAGUCUCAGGUCCCACGAGAACAGCCGGCCAGCAACCUUUUUGACCCGGAAGUCCCAGAGUCUCAACCCUCCUGCCUUCCACAUUACACUGAGGAGCCACUCAGUCCCAGGAGGAAGAAUGGUGAAUCCGGCUGUGGCGAGACCUGCCGGGCCCAGUGGGACCUCCAGGAGGACUGCGUGACUCCCCUGCAGCCUGUCAAGGAGAGGCCGCGGCUGAUUGGCCAGCACCCACCAAGGGCCGAGGAGGACCGGACUGAGCAGGAGGACCCUGGCUUAACUGCUGCAGCGGAGUACCAGGCGGCCAUGCGGCGUGUGGGCAGUGCCCAUCCCCGUCUCCCACUAACUUCUGAGCGCACGAGGCCCUCCGAUGGGCCAGCCCUCAUCCCGUCAGAGGACUACGUGGGAGAUGAUUGGCUGGAAGAUGAUGUGGGGCUCAUCCACGUGUCCCGCAAAAGAAGCCGUCCGAGAAGGGACGAGGAGUCCAGGUGGGGGGAUGAGGAAGCCUCGGGGCCCGAGAGUGAAGCCGAGGAGCCUGGCCCGCCGCCAGAGGCUGCCAAGAAGAAGCGGCGGCGGUUCAGGCAGAGACGCCUCACCCAGAUUGUGGACAGGAUCCCACUGGGCAGGACACACGGGGCCGGCCUGAGGAGGAGUCCAGAGCCGGCAGCUGACCCUAGCCCCUUCCAGGGAGCAGACAACAGCAGCCGCAUCAAUGGCGGCCCUGGCGGUUGUGAGAGCCCGCCUCCAGGCUCAGCACAGCACCCUGUUCCUCCGGCCCCUAUUCGGGUGCGAGUUCGAGUUCAUGAUAACGUCUUCCUUAUCCCUGUGCUCCACAGUGGCAGCGAGAGCCGCCCCAUCUCCUGGCUGGCGGAGCAGGCCUCCCACCGCUACUACCAGAUGUGUGGGCUGCUGCCACGCCUCACCCUCAAGAAGGAGGGAGCCCUCUUGGCUCCCCAAGACCUCAUUGUGGACGUCCUGCAGAGCAACGAGGAGGUGUUGGCUGAGGUGCAGUCCUGGGACCUGCCUCCCCUUCCAGAGAGAUACCGCAAGGCUUGCCAGAGCCUGUCUGUGGGGGAGCAUCCGCUGCUGCUGAAGGUGCUGGCGCGCCAGGAGUCGGGCCCCUCAUUCAGUGCCUCGGGCGUCAUCCUGCGUGGCCCCCACCUCACGCCCCUUCUGAGGGCGCUGAAGCGGCAGACCCCCCUCCAGCAUCUCUGCCUCGCUGGGGCCGGCCUGGGGGACGACUCUGCUGCGGAGCUGCUGGCCACCCUCGGCACCAUGCCCAGCCUGAAGGCCCUCAACCUCUCUGCCAACCGGCUGGGCCCGGAGGGGCUGCAGAGCCUGGCCCAGGGGCUCUCUGGUCCUGCCACUUUCCAGAACCUGGAAGUGCUGGACCUGAGCCUGAACCCACUGGGCGACAGCAGCUCCCAGGCCUUGGCCUCGCUGAUCCAGGCUUGCCCCGUCCUGCAUGAGCUCCGCCUGCAAGCUUGCGGCUUCACCCCAGUCUUCCUGCAGCACUCCGGCCUCCCGCUGGCCAACGCCCUGAGAGGAGCCGUCCACUUGAAGAGGUUGUCCGUGUCCCACAAUGCCCUGGGCCCCCCCGGGCUUGGCCUGCUCGCCCAGAGCCUGCCGGGCGCCGCUCUCACCCACCUGGAGGUCAGCUCUGUGGCUGCACGAACGGGAGGCCCGAAGCCCUUGUGGAACGCAGUGGCCAAGUACCUUGUUCAGGAAGGCUGCGCUCUGACCCACUUGGCUUUUUCUGGGAAUCGCCUGACUGACGAGGUUGUUGCAGAGCUGGCCAGGUGCCUGCCCGCCUGCCUCUCGCUAAUCUCCCUGGAUUUGUCGGCCAACCCUGACAUCAGCAUUGUGGGCCUUCGGACGCUGCUCUCAGCCUUAGAGGAGCGGCAGCACAGCCUCCAGUUCCUCAGCUUGGCUGGCUGUUCAGUGAGAGGCCCUCUGGAUUACACCACCUGGAACAAACUCUCGGCCAAUGUGCAUCACCUGCAGCUUUGUACGCGCCACCUGAGCCACAGCGAUCAGAGGGACGUGGCAGAGCUGUGGCCCAGCCCGCCUGGCGCUUCUCUCCGCACUGUCAAGCGCCAGCACAAGCUCUUCUGCCAAUGCCUGGCUCCUGGCAUGGGCCCAAGGGAGCUCAGCAGCUAGAGCUGAGGCUCUCUGCAAACAAGACGGAGGCCAGGAAAUUCCUGCACUACAUGGAACUUUGCACUUGCCCUGAAACAGUGAGGCAGGCGGCCUGUGCUGGCCUUUUGUGGCUUCCUGCACAGGCUGCAGGAGCAGGGCGGGGGGGUCGAUUUUGGGGAGAGGACAAAAGACCUCGGCUGGGCCCAGAAGAAGAGGGACUCGUGCUGGGCAACAACAGACUUCCAGUUCCAAAAAAUCUCUUCUGCUUUGUACAUAUUCUUGGGUGGGGUGGGGGGAGCAAGGGAUUAGGUGAUCUUCGUUGCUAUUUUUUCGCAGUCCCUUCUCUUCCCUUGACCCUUCUACAUGGGCGCUUCCUUUUCCAUUCUCCGCUAUUUAUUGAAUAUCA